UUAUCGAUUCGCACAGUCUGAUGAGCACUGAGUGAACGUUGCCUUGCCAAUUCCUUUAUUCCAAAAUAGUAUGAUUGUUGCACUGAAGAUAUCACUGCACUUGUUGCCAAUGAUAGCAACAGUAGUUUCACAAGAACGUUGUAUUUCUGAAAAGUUUCUGGCAAACGAAAAUUCUGUGUUUUUUUCGUGUGAUUUUCCGCAAAUAAAGAAAAAUAUUGAAACCGUUAGCAGUGAAUACCAAUGUGUACAUUUUGUUGGACUACCAAAUAAGAAAGUAUGUGGCGAAGUGGGUGUAAGGUUUGAGCUUUUCGCAUAUGAAUAUGUCAAUGCAUCGAUUUCGAUUCGUUACUUUUCCAAUACGAAUGGGGAAUCUAAAUAUGAAAGUAUUGAAACGAAUGGGAAAUAUGGUUGGAACCACUGGUCAAAGGAGAUUUGUGCUGAUUUUGUAAAGGGAAUGAAUCUGUAUCUAAAAUCUUCCCUGACUCUCCACCUCGAUCGUAUUUUGUUGUUCAUUCACCAACAACCCAUCAGUAGCGAACGAAUUCCGAGAUUGCAUCAACCGUUGAUACAAGUCAGGCAUAAUACAUGCAACGACACCGAAAAAGAUACUACGUCGUUAAUAUGUGACCCAGCUGUACAGUAUUUUGGUUGGAAGGUAACAGCCAUUAUUUUGAUGAUUGUCACCGUUGGCUCACUUAUUUUGGUUAUUUCUUUAUCGCUAACAAUGCCAUAUAAUGUGUGGGAUAAGCCAAAGAUCCAAAUGUUACCAGUCAGAUUGACGGACGGAGCUGUUACAGCAAAUUAAUCAUUUCUGGAAAUAAAAAAAGUGCGAAAAAGAACUAAUGCCUCCGUAAAUCAAUAAAUUAUAUCUCAUUUAAUCGUAUUUGUGAACUUUAGUCGGUUCUCACGUCACUUAUUAUUUUCGAAACUAAAUACAACGGUUGAUAAUGUGCGGAUGUAUAGAACCGUAGGAUUAAAAACUAAAUGCUAACUUAAAUUUGAAAUUACUUAUCACAUUGAUA